AUGUCCGUCACUCAACCCCUCUCUGUUUUGGUCGUUGGGGCCGGCCCUUCUGGCCUCGUGUCAGCGCUGUCUCUGGUCCAGCAUGGCAUCCAGGUUCGCGUGGUUGACAGGGACCAGCAAUUCCACAUGGGACAGCGCGGCGCUGGCAUACAGCCCAGGACUUUGGAGGCGUACAACCUCUUGGGUGUUUUGCCCGAUAUCGUCUCCAGAGGCAUAGACCUACGCCCGAUGCGGUUCUAUAAGCUCCCCGGAGGUGUUGAACCGUCCAAAACAUUCGACAUGAUGCCCAUAGAGGAACCCACGCCAAGCACUCCAUAUAUUAACACACGAGUGCUCGGGCAAGCGAAGGCAGAGCAAGUACUGCGUGAACAUCUGGCUACGUAUGGAUGUCAUGUUGAACGUGGCACGGAGCUGUCCAGCUUCGAGCAGAAUACCGAACAUGUGGUGGCGCAUCUCGUCAAACGUGAUGGUGAUGAAGAAAUCGCUGAGACCGUUGUUUGCCGCUGGCUGGUCGGGACCGAUGGCGCAAGAAGUAGGCCAGGCUGGUUCUCUUGUGCUAUGUUCUGGACUGACCUGCUGCAUGCUUCAUACGCAUCUAUUGGCACUGCUGGGGCGAUUUUACGUCUAAGAUACGACGAGAUCUAUACCUUUGUUCUCUCGGGAAACGUCGACCUCGAGAAAGCCUAUGAGAAUUACGACACACUGGUUCAGAUAAUGAAGGAAGUGUCGAACAGGCAGGAUCUCAUCUUCGGCGAGAUCAAGUGGAAAUCCAACUUCAGUCCAAAUGUUCGCAUGGUGAAUAAAUUCUCAGAAGGCCGAGUCUUUGUUGCAGGAGAUGCUGCACAUGUGCAUAGUCCAUCCGGUGCUCAGGGCAUGAACUCCAGUGUGCAAGACGCUCUCAAUUUAGGCUGGAAACUCGCUUUGGUGGAGCGGGAAUUUGCUCCACAAUCGCUCCUCGACACUUACACAGAGGAACGCCUACCUGUCAUCGCCCAUAUGCUCAAACAGACAACAAACCUGUUUAAAACUACUAGAAACCCAGCGGCGCAUGGCGGCGACGCAUCUCAAGCAUGGACUAGGCCCCGUGACAUGAAGAUGCUUGGCGUCAACUACCGCUGGAGUUCCAUCGUGCUCAACGAGCGCCAUCCCCAAGAGGUAACCGAGAAAGACAAGCACCUCCUGGACGCAUACGGGGCGGACGCGAGUGGCGGGCUGCAUGCCGGCGACAGAGCCCCAGACGCCCCGGGUCUCGCGCUAGUGGAAGAGGGCAACGUCGGGUCUGAGACAACGUCGUUGUUCCGCAUCUUCAGCUCCACUCGCCACACGGUCCUCAUUUUCUCCUCAGACGGUGAUGAGAUCGCGGCCGUACUCAAAUCGGUGCAGAGGCUCUCGUCUCGUCUUGUCCGUGCGGUCAUCGUUGUCCCACGGGGUUUAGCUGGUCUGCCAAUCGUCUCUAGUGCGGAUGGCGUUUAUGUCGAUCGGGACGGGCAUGGGUAUACGGGAUACGGAGCCGGGCACGAAGGUAUCACUGUGGCUGUUGUGAGGCCAGACGGUGUCGUCGGUGCUCUUGUUUCUGGAGCGACAGGUCUUGAGGCCUACUUCAGGAGUGUGCUCUCGGGUUCGAAUGCUUGAGAACAUGUCCAAUGCCCUUGAGAGAGAGCUAGAGUAUCAAUUAACUGACGACCUUCGCUCAGGUUGAUCUACCUACCUAAGGCUA